AUGUCGUCCGAAGGGUGGACCCGCGUGGGCAAGGGCAAGCGCAGGGCCCGCAACAGAGCCCGCUCGGUCUCGGCCCGCCUCCCGCCGCACGACGCCUCUGUGCGCGCCAACCCGUACGCCGGCAUGCCCGACCCGGACGCUCCACCCGACCCGGCGGCAGCAUCCCCGGCGAAGAGCCCGCCACCCAAGUCGCCGGCUGGCUCGCCGCCAGCCAUGCUACGGUCGGCUGCACCUGCACCCACUGCUGUACCCGCCGCCCGCGUCGGCCGCGGCGCGGCUCCAGAACUCGCGCGCGGCUCAAAGAGCGCCGCCUCCGCCCGGGCGAGCGGGCGGCGGGCGCGCGGGAGCGAAGAAGACAAGGACCACUGGCGGCGGUUCCAGAUGCUAAUCGACUCGGUCCACACCUCGAUCGACUCGCUGUACCAGCUUUGCGAGGUCCGCGAGUCGGUCGACGAGUGCGAGGAGGUCGCCCGGGUCCUCGCCAAGUCGUCGGCCGACUUUGACCUCCUUGUUGACCGCAUCCGCAAGCAGACUGCGCAUCAGAACGAGCCCAAGGCUAAGCCCAUCUCGUGGGACGUCCGUGGUGCAUACGUCUCCAAGACUGCACCCAUUUCGUGGGCGAACAUCGUCCGCAACCCGCUGGCCGCAUCCGCCGCCGCCGCCACUGUCGCCGCCGUCGCCGCGCAGGCGGCUUCCCCGGCUGGCUCCAAGGCCAAAGCCAAGGCCAAGGCUAAAGCCAAGGCCAAGGCCCAGACCAAGGCCAAAGCCCAGGCUGCUGCUAAUGCCAGCUCGCCGCAGCACAGCCCCAACCGGAUGCGCUCAGCUCGCCGCACGCUCGAUCUCUCGCCGUCGGCCGUCAGCUCUUCGGCCACGGCCGACCGCUCCACUUCACCACGCACGGCGAAGGCUCCGUCCGAGCCGCUGCCCGAUCUUGAGCUUGAGGCCUCGUCAGAGGUCUCACCCGAGUCUGGCUCGGGCAAACCAGAGACCUCGCCAGCAGCGGCACCGCUCUCCGGAUGGAGCGACGACGACGAGCUGCCGACGGGCGAGUUUGACCCUUUCCAGGAGUUUGCUGCUCGGUCAGGCAAGCUUGCAUGGGCCGACUACACCUCGCCGCAGUCGCCAACCCGUGGACGCAACCUCCACCGCAAGCUCUCGUCGCCCGAGCGCAAGAAGCGCAACCCGCACGAGGCCGCACGUAUUGCGGCCGAGAAGCAGGCACGGGCACAGGAAGCCCGCGAGCGGGUCGAGCAGGAGAAAAUCCUUCGGGCGCGAUCACACCACAACGAGCGCGUCGCCGCACACCGUGAGCUCGAGCGGCAGCGUGCGCAGGAACGCGCCGCCCGCGCCGACGAAAAGCAGGCCAAGGCUGCGGUCCUACGCGAGGAGGCACUUGCCGCCAAAGUCCGCAAGGCUCAGGCCGAAGACGCCAAGGUCCGGGAGAACGCCAUUGUGCGCGAGCUCUCCGAGGCUGCGUCGCGGGCCGAGCUGCAGCGGCGGUUGCUCCGCGACGAGGCCCGGACUGCCGAGCUCCGCGCUAAGAAGGAGGAGAAGACCAAGGCCAAGCGCGCCAAGGACGCGGCCAAGAAGCGGAUCGUUGGCGCGGCUGGGCCGGGUACGGCCCCGCUCAAGCCCAAGAUCUGCCGAGUCUGUGUCAGUGACCUGCCAACACCAACCAAGGCCUCCAUCGCCAAACAUCUCAAGUCGCAGGCCCACGUCGUUGCCGCCGCCCGCCUUGCGCUCACCGACGGAGACAUGAUCAACUCGCCUGUCGUCGACGCCCGCACCGCCCUGCUCUCACUCACGGCUGCCGAGCGCGAGGCCCGCGCCGCCCGCGCUCAGGCUGGGCGCAAAAAGGGCAAGAAGCUCCGCGCCGCUGCCGCCGCCAUACGACUCUCGCCGCACGGGCUUGAGGCUGUCAUCGCCGCCGCCUGCCGUGCCGAGUUUGGUGCCAUGCCACCGGCGCCAAAGAAGACCUCCCUCACCCCGCUCGCCAGUGCGUUGCGCGAGUUUGUAGCUGCUGCCGAGCGCGGGCGCGCCCUCACCGCGCUCGACGUUCAGAGCGGCUUCCAUGCCGUCCGCCGCGUUGCGGCGCUGUACUCACUACCGUCGGUGCGCGGCUCGACGUCAGGCGUUCACUUUGAGGCCUGGUCGCGGCUGGUCACCUCGGACGGUGUCAUUUUUGCGCUCCUCGACAUCAUUGCCCUCAGCAAUGUUCCGCCCUCAAUCUUGGGUCUUUCCUCGGUCGUGCUCCUCGAGGCUAUUCGGGCCUCUCGCCACGUCAGGCUUGCCAUUCUGGCGUCAGGCAAGGCGUCGGCACUCGUCCGUGCUACCAUCACGCUUGUCUCCAAGACGCUGGUGCCGAGCGAGCUCGAGACCGCAGCCUCCCUCGUGUGCGCGUUCACCAUCCUCUGCUCGGCGCGCGACAGCGCUCCUGAGCUCAGCGACGCUGCGUCUGCCGAACUUGCGGGCAAGCUCGAUCCCGACGACGCGGCAGGCUUUGCAGAGCUCGAACCGCGGAUCCGGCGGCUUCGCACCAACCUCCUCAAACAGGCGGUCCACAUGCAGGCUGUUGAGGCCGUCGUCGACUGUAUGAUGACGUACGGCGAGCUGACGUUUAGCUCGCCGCCCUCGCCCACCACCGCCUUUGUCAUUCGCGCGCUGCAGAUGCUCAACUCUCUCGCCGGCGCGGCGCGCGACACGGCCGACGACGACGGCUCAUCCGGCUCGACUGUCGUCCGGUCGCUCCUCCUCACUGCGUUCCAGCAGGCUUCAGUCCCAGCGCACAUGGUCACGUUUCUCAACUCGAUCCUCCUCCGCGCUGGCCCUCUCGAAACCGCCGACUCCGUGCCGGCGCUGUCGCCGGCGACACUCACCGUCUUUGAGCUCGCGCUCCGCCUCAUGAACACGGUUGCGGCGUCGGACGCGGUCCUCGUCCAGACCGCGCUCACCGAAGAGUCGCUGCUCUCGCGACAGGAGGCCGUCCACAUGUUCACCAACCUCUUUGUCUUUUGCACAUCGGCUGGCUCGUCGGCAGAGAUGCUCCUUGCCGAGCUCCUCCUGCUCAUCGGCUACUACGCGGCGUUCAAUUCUGAUGCACAGGAGGCGCUCGCCACCGGCCGCCGCCCCACCUUGCUUCAACGCAUGACCACGUUGCCGUUCAAGUACUUUUCGUCCCCGGCGCUCCGUCCCAUCCUCCUGCCCUCACUCGUUGCCGCCGUCCACAAUGCCCCGCUCUCGCUCUCGCUCCUCAAGGAAGAGGUCUCACCAACGCUACUUGUCCGCUUCCUCGUCGAGCUCCGCGACGGCUCAUUCCCUGCCGACGCCAAAGAGUGGCGGUACAACCCGCUCGCUCGGUUCCCAGAGUCAGAGAUCGAGCGCGCCAUCACGUUUCUCGACCCCGAAACUGCCUCCUCGUCGUCAGCGUCGGCAUCGGCGCCGGCGCCGGCGCCGUCGUCGUCAGAGUAG